AUGUCCCUGGACUGCUUACCCCUCGCCCAUCAAACCGAGAUCCCGUCCCUCAGCGAGCAAGCCCGCCAGCACCAGCACCAGCACCAACACCAGUCGCCCGACGCCGUCCUCUUCCAGCGGUCUGUCCUCCUCGCUUCCAGCAGCCAGAGUCGGAAGAAGCAGAAUCCCCGGGACCCUGCCGACCACGAGGCUCCGCCGGCCGCCACCAUGGCCUCCAAUUCCAACUUCCCGGGCACAAACCCUUUCUCGUCCAACACCGCCUCUCCGUUUGCAAAGAUUACAGAAGAGGACGAAUUCGACGUGGCGUCACCCACAAACCCAAACUAUCGAAAUGUACACGCCAACCAUCCAACCGGGGCCCCCUCGCGGAGCCUCUUCUCCGGCGGCGGCGGCUUCGGAGCUGCGCCCGAAGACAACAGUAACACAUUUGGCUCUCCCUUUCAAAACACAGAUCGCGGACCCGGCGGAGGAGGCGAUCCGAAUGCUUCUCCCGGUGGCGGCUUUCCUCCCACUGGAGGCGCCAGUCAGGGACUGCCAAACAACUAUGCGAUGGGUCGGCGGACAUCGGUGUCGGCAGAGUCUUUGAAUCCCACAUCGUCAGGCUCCGAGAGCUGGUCUCCGCCGUUCCAUCCCAAGUCAGAAGAGCAAGUCGGGAGGUUGAAACAUGCUGUGAGUGGGAACUUUCUCUUCUCGCACUUGGACGAUGAACAUCUCAAGACUGUGCUGGAUGCUCUUGUCGAAAAGCCGAUCCCGGCCAAGGAUAUCAAGGUGAUCACGCAAGGUGAUGCCGGUGAUUACUUUUACAUUGUCGAAGACGGCACGUUUGGUGUCUUUAUCAACCCUUCGGGUUCGGCCCAGUCGGGCCCUGACGGACUGGGCAACCAGGUGGGCAGUAUCGGCCCCGGUGGUUCCUUUGGCGAGCUCGCUUUGAUGUACAACGCGCCGCGUGCCGCGACGAUUAUCUCGCUCGAGCCCAAGUCGACAUUAUGGGCUCUGGACCGCAUUACCUUUCGGCGCAUUCUGAUGGACUCUGCCUUUCAACGACGGCGCAUGUACGAAGCGUUUUUGGAAGAAGUGCCGCUGCUGGCUUCCUUGAAGCCCUACGAGCGAUCCAAGAUUGCCGAUGCGUUGGACACCAUCAAAUACCCAACCGGGGAAACGAUUAUUCGCGAAGGCGACCCCGGCGAUUCUUUCUACUUGCUCGAAAUUGGCGAGGCCGAGGCGUUCAAGAGCGGCGCAGACGGUGCCGUCAAGGCUUAUUCUCGAGGAGAUUAUUUCGGUGAGCUGGCCUUGCUGGACGACAAGCCGCGGGCUGCGAGUGUGGUGGCAAAGACAGACGUCAAGGUCGCCCGGCUGGGCCGCGAUGGCUUCAAGAGACUGCUGGGCCCCGUGGAGCAGAUCAUGAGAAGAACCGAAUAUGAUGUAGAUCCUCUUGCGAAAGCGCCAUCUUCAUAA